GGUGCGACGCAAAACAAUCGGAACUUCUUCAACAGUACUUCAGAGUUUUUCAAAUGGUAAUUUUAUAAAAUUUAUUGCUUUCUUCCUCAUUUCAUUAUAUUUCUAUAAAAGAUGUUUAUCAAACUCUAUCGUCCUUUUCUUCCCAUAGCAACUGGAAAGUGAUUUUACCUUUUAUUGCUGUAAUUCUACUGUUCUCUGUUACCGUUUUCACGAAAAAGGACAUCACUUUUGCUGUCAACAUCUGGGUUUUUCCAAGUAAGCACUGCCUUUAUUUCAUUAAGCACACAUGACGCACUUUUAGUUACUUCAGAGCUAAAUCAAAGCCAAUAACAGCUAAUUCCUCUUUCACCAAUGAUCGUCUAUAUAGGUUUUGCCGUGCUCAUGGCAUCCUAUGUGUGCUCAGUUCUCAGUGUGCAAAACUGGAUUCCUGCUCUCCGACAUCAAGGUAUGCGAAUAACUCAAAACAACUGUUAGAAAUUUCUUUAGUUACUUGAGUGUAGUAUUUUCAACCAUUAGUCUCUCCCCAUUCCCCUUUGUAUGUUUUUUAGUUUAGCCAAUCACGUUCAGAGCGCUUAAAUUUGAGUUAGAAGUUGACGUGAACAUUCACUUUUUUGUGCGUUGAGUUUAGUCAAUUUUUCCUCACGCCUUGCUUUCGUUUGGAUUUUAAGGGUCGCUUAUUUAAACGAGAUCUAACCCAAACCGCGGUUUUCCGCAAGCAGUGGGCCUCGGUGAUUCUCCAUAAGAGGGCUGAUUUAAUUUAAAUAGAUGUCCGUCUACUUUUAGGUUUCGGCCUGUUGACACUGUUCGCAAAAAACUGAUUAUUAGAUAAAAGGUUCGGCUAAAUUGAAGAAGGCUUAGAGCGUGGUUUUGUUAAACGACGGCUAAACUUUGUUUAAAUAACCGGUCCUAAGAAUUUUGGAAGGAUCUAUUUUAAGCCAAACAUUGAUUUCAAUUUAGUACAUUUAUGACACACACGCAAAAACAAUACUUGGUACCUCGAUUUUUCUUCAGAGUUUUGGCAAAAUCAAGGUCCGCCAUUUUAUCCAGUUGUCAAUGCAGCCCCUGCUCCACCCCCACCACCAAGCUACCCUCCCCCUCCUCCACCUAACACCAUAAAAGGACAUAAGGGCCAACGAAUCGACUGUAGAAAACUGUCUUGGGAGCAACUCAGCCCAGACCUCCUCAAGCAAGACACCAUCUGGAAAAAGGUGAAAUUGAAACUGUUACAGCUGUGUACAUAUAGUUUUAUAUCAAAAUGUUUUAAUUCGCUGUUAUACCGUAUAGCUUUGGUAAUGAAAAAAUUGUUGUUGUUCUGGAUCAACACUUGCUGUAUGUUUCUUCAAAAACACUAUUAAUUCCCCAAUAAAAAAAAAAUGAAAAACAUUUCUAAAAGUCACCGACUCCUUAAGGGGAAAGACGGGGUUUCUUUUUCAUUAUAUGAAGAGACUGUUGUCUACGUUUUAGGUUACCCUGAGAGCAAACAAGUGAUUUGUGCUGUCAGGAAUUUAAUCCAGAUCUUACACUGAUCCCCAUAUGUAUUUCAUCUCCUUCGUUUAACUUACUCAGAAUAACGCCUUUCUCUGAUUGAACUUAUUCCUCAUUUAGGUUAAAGAACAUCUGCCUUUGGAAGGUAUUUUUGACUCUGAUGAUAUAAUGAGGGAAUUUUCUGUCACGUCAUUGUCAGGUGUGUAAUCAGGUAUUUUCAAAGCAUGCUGACACAGCAAAUGAUUUUAUACGCGCUGACCAAAACAAAUAUGAAGUUCCUUGCAUACAUUACCAACAUAUGAGAUUAUAAUUACUUCUUGCCGUCAACAACUUUUCCGCACGGAACCAUGGAAUCUAAUAGAAUCUAUUUAUUAAUUAGUGCCAAGUGAAUAUAAACUCUUGUUAGUAAUGCUUAUUUUUCAGUCGUCCUUCUUUCAAGAAAAUAUCAACUGUUGAUAUUCUCUUCCUUCUUGCCAAUAUAAUGACAGAAAGAGCACAACGUUGUUUCUAUAAUGAGCAUGUUAUGUAAUUUUAUUUCAAAGGGAGUUCACUGAAAAAGAUCAAAAGAGAAAAUGCUAUGGACGAUAAGAAGAUUUUCAAUGUCUGUAAGUACUUCAGUUAACAAAAAGAAAAAUAAAAUAGUAUUAAGUAGCAGCGAACUAACUCCAUGUUAAGCAAAAAAAAGGAAAGAAAUGAAUCCUUAUAUUUUGAACUUAAUGUUGUUUAUUGAAUCGCCAUUUAAUGUUCCUUGAGUGCGCAAUUAAUAUCUGUGAUUAACAUGCGUUGUGAAAGAGUUAGCCAAGAUAGAUUUGCAGACAGGACGGAUGGGACAAAUUUGAUCACCACAAAAAAAAUUUUCUAGAACGGCCACUAAGGAAGCUAUUUUUUUCAAAGGGAGGAAGGAAGAUUUCAGAUCGCUUUGACAUUCUCAAGAACGGCCACUAAAAGGGAAAAUUUUCCCAAAAAGGCUUUUAGAGAAAGGAAUAAAUUAAAAAACCAUGGUCUAAUGUCUAUUUCGAACAUAAAUAUCUAAUAAAUGAAUUAGCUAACUGAUAUGGUUGCUGAUUUAUCAUAGCAAUCAUUUUGACGCAUUACAAGCUUAAAGCAGAAGGCGUUAAACAAUGCUUGAUGUCCGGGACCACACAGCUUACAUCUGACGUACUGAGACAGGUGUUGGCAUUUGCACCGGAUGAUCAAGAGGUAACAGCUGUGUAGAGAUAUGCACAUAAAAAAGUGACAAAACAGAGUGAUUAGAUAGGAGUCCGCGCACGUACCCUAGCUGAACAAGAAUGGUUUAACGGAUCACAAAGAAUUGGGUAUAAAUGUUUUAGUCAGCGGCUAAAAUGAGGAAGAAAGUGCAAAACCCCUCUGUUUAGUUUCUUAAAAAUUCAGUUUACUUAGUUUUUCUUAGCUUUAAUUGGUUUGUGUGGGCAUGUUAAGGGCGUUUAUGAUUCAAUAUUUCAUGACAAGUGACUGAUUAUGGAAACUUGAGGCAAUUUUUCUUUUUUGCAAAGAUUCACAUUUACAGAUGAGUCUUUUGCAAAGACUCACAGUUAAAAAUAUUUUUAUUCAUACUAAAACUUGAAUCUUCAUCCAAAUGAAUUUAUAUUAUCCUGUCGAGCUACUUCACAACUACCAUGUUAACGCUUUAUUAGGCCCGAGCUUUACGGAAAAUGGAGAGAGAAAACAAGAUUUCACUUGAGCCAGCUGAGCGAUUUUAUCUUCAGGUAACGGUAUUAUAAGAAAGCAUAUAGUUAGCCAGUUGAAUACGUUAAAACGUGAGAGGUAAAGGCUGUUAGCUAAUAGGGAUUUAUUUAACUUUUUUACGCAUUAAAAGGCAGGGCCGGGAUUCAUUUUCGAUGGUCGCGUUAUAAUAAUCUUCCACUUCUGUAGUGUUUAUUGUUGGUUGAUUAAAGGCAAGUCAAGACAGAAGCAAUUUAUGCUUUAAGGCAAAACACUUACAGUAAUUCAUCCACUUGCCCCGUUGUUGGGAGAGUGGAUGACGCUAUCCGCUGGAUAAAUCUCUAGCCUACGGACAGCGUAGUAUGUUUUGGUAACUCUUAUCCGCUGAUAGCGUUAUGCGACUUGUGAACAACUGGGCCCAGGAGUAUGAAAGUAUAUCAGCAAAAGGUGUCACUCACACUGUUUGAUGGUAAUGUAUCUUAAAUGUCUUUUUGUCAUUCCCAGGUUGCAGCGACUGUGCCUUCCUACAAAGCAAGACUCCGCACUGUUUUACUGAAAGCUCAGUUACAAGAAAGGAUCGCACAAAUCAAACCAGUAAUAAGUUUAUCCUUUGUUUGUUUCAUAUGAUUCAUAACUUCUCUUUCUUUCACUUUGAUAAGGCCUUGCCUUAAAUUGAUUUACGUCACUCCUGAAAGAUUCAAGUCGAAUAUCGACUGAUCAGAAACAGAGACGAAUUUCUCCCGCUUAUGAAAGAUCGCAGUUCGUUCUCUGUAGCAAACUUUUUGAAUCUACGAACAUUCAUGACAAAAAUUCACAUUUGAUUUGUAUUUCAGCAUCUUGAAACAGUCAUUACCGCCUGCCAAGAGCUUAUGGCUUGUGAAAAACUCCCAAAAUUCAUAGAGGUACACUUCUUGAAGUAAAAUGUGCAUAUCUAAGCAAGGUCUUUUGUUGUACAAACAUUUGAUGUCCAAUUACCCACAUCUAUUAUUCAUACUUAUUCUGCCAAUUGUAGAUGGUCUUGACCAUGGGGAACAUCAUGAAUGGUAGCCAAACCUCCGCCUUUAAGAUAACCUUUGUUACAAAGGCAAGUUUGUUUAUUUUGUUCCACUCAUAAUCUAUUUUUACACGCCCUAGUUGACAAAGGAACCGAAAGCCGGCUGACAUCAUACCUCUUAGUACACGCACAACAAACUGUAUUCACAUCGCGUUCAUCCUAGCAACUUAUACAGCAGCUUUAAACAUCAGUAUAUUAAAUUAAACAUUUUUCGAUGGAGUCUCGUAAAACCAAAACCAAAUUAACAACAAAGACCAAUCAGAGGGACGGAAAAUACCAUUAAGAGCCAAUCAGAACUCAAAGGCAAAACAGCAAACCACCUAAGACGCGGGAAAACGUAGGUGAUCAAGUUAUGAUUGUUAAGAAUGUGACGCGAGUUUUUUGACCCAAUCAAAGAGCAAAGGAAAGCGAAAGCAAUGCAAGCCCGGAUCACUUCCGACAAUAAAUGAAAAUUCCCUUCAACUAUUUUUUCCCAGCUGAUGGAUUACAAAUCAUCUUUGAACAAGGCCACUUCUAUGUUGGACUACCUAACGCGAGUUAUCAUCACAAAAUGUCCGCACAUCGCCGCUUUGGGAGAUGAUCUCAGACACGUGGAAAAAGCAUCAAAAGGUGAGGAUAUAAAAUCAUUUUCAACUCACGCUAUAAUUUGACAGAAGAGAUUAUCUGACACUGGUAAGGUUUUUUCGUUGUAACUAGCAUUUCAUUCCCAAUAAGUCGCGUUCAUUGCGUAAAUGGAGCUUGACAGAUUUAAAAACAACAUUGAUGUUCAAUUGGAGAACGAGCUCUACGCCUUAGUUACCGUUCUCUGAAGCUCCACUACAGGUUACAUUCCAGGCGAUAUGAUUCUUUUGUAACCUUGUUUUCCCGACUUUUCAGUUCCAUUUAAUUCUCUUGACAAGGAAAUAUGCGAGCUGUCCGCAGAAGUUGAGGUAAAGCAAUCAGUUUCCAGUUAUCAUUUGAAGUUCUUUGAUUUUAAGGCGUUUGAAGCUGCCUUGUUGGAACUUUCGAAUUCUUGGAUGUUCAUAUAUUUCAAUUCACAGGUCCUUGAAGAAGACGUAGAGAAAAUAAACAACGAUAGUGUAGAGGAAGACUACUUCAGUGCAAGUAUUGGAGUAUCCUUAAAAGCUGAGUAUAAGACUUGGACUGCUGCGCAAUGCAAAUAGUGGAUGAUACGCAUACAAUUUCAGCGGAGAAAGGGGGGGGAGGGUUAAUCCCCUUACUGAAUCUAACGGUGAACCUCACUCAAACUGAGCGCCUUUUCCUGGGCGCAAGUAGACUAUUUUAGGAUUUCCCUGGUAUCUGAGUUACGAUAUAGAAAACAUCUGGAAAAUUACGAUCUAGAUUUAGCAGGGUCUGUGAGUCACUGAAGGGCUACUCCUAAGAAAAUGGAGUUAUGGUCACUCAGUUUUUCGCGAAAACGUUUGUUAUAGUUUUGUAUAAGUAGUAUUUUACCGUCACUGCAAUAAAAUGGUACUAGUUAUUGCAUACCGGAGCAUCUUUAUCGAGCUGGACAUAAGCAGCUGGAAGAUCAGGUUGGGUAGUAUGAUAACCCUUAGCAUAAUUAGGGAUGGCACAAAAUUCCUCAUAAUUUAUUCAUAUUUUUGUAGCGAGAAGUUAUCAUUCAAAGAGAGUGAUUAAUUCUCAUCCUUUAUCGAGUUAGGAAUAAGAACUUGUGAAAAAAGCUUCAAGGUCAAGUCAUACGAAGCUUUUCCUUAACAAACUUUUUAGCUUUUUGCUGUUUCGGCAAAGGAAGACCUUAAGGACGUGUUAUCGCUUCGGAGGAAUGCCAAGCGAAGCUUUAGCCUCCUUGUGCAGUACUUUGGCGAAGAGAGCGAUAAACCGGAGGAAUUUUUUGGAAUCUUCGCAACAUUCCUACGGCAAUUUGAGGUAUUCAUCAAUCGUAAUGAAUAACUGUACUCUUAAACUAGGUAGGACCCUAAGUGAUUGUGAUUGGUUUUGAUCUUCACGAUUUAAAUUGUUUUUUUCCAGGAUGUGUUGAAGACGUAUAGAUGAAGAUGCAACGCUGAGUCACGAAGAAAAUAAAUUUAAAUUCAAAGUAACAAAGUGCCCAUUGAAAGGGCGUUUAGUUUCAGAACUGUCUAUUGUAUGUAAACAAUCAUUAUUACAUGCAUAUCUUCGAAAAAUUUUACAAAAUAAAGCAACUGCUUCUGUGCAGAAAAAUUCAUGGUAAAUGCGUUUUUGGGUAAAUAAUUAAGUUGAAUAAAGCUUGAAUCUUCAAAGAUUUUUUACAAUGCUAUAAAAAGCGAGUCUUUUAUUGCGACAAAAAUAACACAGCGACCACAAUGAGCCACGAAACUCCUUUCCAGCAACGUCCAAAGAACGUAGAGCCACAUGUGAAUUAAAAAAUUGAUCGACGCAUUCCUCCUUUUAAACUACAUAUAAGGAUUUCAAUCCUAGCCGCUUUCAUCAUAGGGGGUAAUAUUUAGCUUUGUAAUUUUUUUUUUCUCUCUCGAUGAAUAUAAACCUGAUCAACACGUUGGAACGUAAAGGAUGAACGAAAAUAUAGCACUUCGGUGCCAAAGUCAUGCAAAAUAAAUUAUGGAGCUUUAUUGUCACGAGCAAAUGCUCGAGGCGAGAUACAAUACAGAGUCACCUCAGCUGCUGAUUAACCAAUUUCCCGCCAAUAUAUUCAAAACUGUGAUUCGUCAGCUCAAAAAUGUAUCAAAGGAGAACCAAUCAGAGAGCUUUUUAGAGAGGUCAGGAAGUUAGAAUCUAGAGCAACAAGCAAUGGCAAGCUUGCGACUUCUACGUGCGAUAGGUGAGAUAGUUUUGAUGUAUAAUUCGCACGUGCAUUGUGGCCGUAUAUAACUUGGAUAGCAAUUCUGUUCCACUACCAAGAAGUUCUAGAUCCCGCGUCACAGCAAUUUUGUACGACUAUUUCACCAAUAAGCUUGGCGAGACUGUAAAGAAAUGGCGCGCACUAAACAGACCGCUCGUAAAUCAACCGGAGGAAAGGCUCCACGAAAGCAACUCGCAACAAAGGCAGCAAGGAAAAGUGCUCCAGCCACUGGCGGUGUUAAGAAACCUCAUCGUUACAGGCCAGGAACAGUCGCACUCCGAGAAAUUCGCCGCUACCAGAAGUCCACAGAACUUCUCAUCCGCAAACUCCCCUUCCAAAGAUUGAUCCGUGAGAUAGCACAGGAUUUCAAGACCGACUUGCGUUUUCAGAGUUCUGCCGUGUUGGCGUUACAAGAAGCGGCAGAAGCUUACUUGGUAGGAUUGUUUGAGGACACUAACCUUUGCGCAAUUCACGCCAAACGAGUCACCAUUAUGCCCAAAGACAUUCAGCUUGCGAGACGUAUUCGUGGAGAACGCGCUUAA